AUGGGUGCAAGGAUAUUCCACCUGUGUGAAGUUGACCUCCAUCGCCAACGUUCCAUCGCCAUCGCCAACGUUCUCCUCAUCAUGGAGAAGAGACACUGGAGACGCUACAUUUACUCGUGGAUCAAGUACGCUCUCUUUGAGGAGCUGGAGGUCAAGGACCCUGAAAGGACAAGAAAGGUGUAUCAGGCAUGUCUGGCGCUCAUCCCAGACCAAAAGUUUACCUUUGCUAAAAUCUGGCUACUCUACGGCCAGUUUGAAGUCCGCCAGAAGAACCUGCAGAAUGCCAGACGAUGCCUGGGCACAGGCAUUGGGAAAUACCCAAAAAACAAGCUGUUUAAGGGCUACAUCGAGCUGGAGCUGCAGCUCAGAGAGUUCGACCGUUGCAGGAAGCUCUACGAGAAGUACCUGGAGUUCAGCCCGGAGAAAUGCACCGCCUGGAUCAAGUUUGCCGAGCUGGAGACGAUCCUGGGAGAGAUCGAAAGAGUCCGGGCCAUAUUCGAGUUGGCUAUCAGUCAGCCUUACCUCGACAUGCCAGAGGUGCUAUGGAAAUCUUAUAUCGACUUUGGAAUUGAGCAGAAGGAGUAUGAGAACACGUGUGGGCUUUAUAAGAGGCUCUUGCAGCGCACAUAGCAUGUCAAGGUAUUCAGUUAUGCACAGUUUGAGCUGUCGAUUGAAGAGGGGCAACUGCAGCGGUGCAGGCAGGUAUACGAGGAAGCUAACCGCGACCUGUGCACGUGUGAGGAGAAGGAGGAGAGGCUCAUGCUGCUCGAGGCAUGGAAUGAGUUCGAGCAGGAGUUCGGCACCCUGGCCAACAAGGACAGAAUAAGGAAGCUCAUGCCCGAGAAGGUGAAGAAGAGGAGGAAGCUCACGGUAGAGGAUGGGUCGGACGCAGAAUGGGAAGAAUAUUACGACUACAUCUUCCCGGAGGAUGCUGCCAAUCAGCCCAACUUCAAACUGCUGGCCAUGGCCAAGAUGUGGAAGAAGCAGCAGCAGCAACAGGACCAGCCUCAGGAGGAACGAGGGACAGAAUGUGCUUUAUAA